UAAACACACACCCAAAAUCCUCAUUUCUAUUCUUGCCACACAUUCCUCUUCCAUCCCAUUCCAUUCUCCCCUUCAAGAAUCCCUCCAAAAAAACACUUCAAAAAAAAAAAAAAAAAAAAAAAAAUCAAGAACAAGAACAAGAAGAAGAUGGUUAGAGCUUUACCAAUGAUCCAUGUAGUUGGUGAUAUGGGAAGAACCUUCUCCCAAAUCCCUAUUGCAAUAGGCCUUUUCGUCGCGGUCUCCGUUCUCGUCGCCUUCUGCGCUAAACGCGCUCGACAAUUCUCCGCAAAGUCAACACCCAAAACGAUCGGUUCCAACGUACCUAAAGUGCCGUUGCUUUCGCCCAAACAGCUCAUCGCAACCAUAAGUCAAAAGGCGAUGACGCCUUUGGCUCACGGCAAGAAAACGCCGGCGCCCGGACAAGAAUCCGAUGUUUUCUACAAAGGGACUCAAGAAGAGAGCGGACUAUGGCAAAAGGCAAUCCUUAUGGGCGAAAAAUGUCAGCCGCCCGAGUUUUCGGGAGUGAUUUAUUACGACUACUCCGGAAAUAGGAUUUCCGAGAUGCCCAAAUCGCCUCGACCCGGCUCGAUGAGCCCUUUGAGGAAUUUCAACUUUGCUGUUCAGAAAACAGAGAAUUCUGUCUACUGAUGAUAAAAAUCGAGCGCGGUAAUAUAGAAAUUUUUUUGUCUCAUGUAAGUUUAUGAAGAAAUAAAUCUCACUAUAAGCAUGAUUUUCGAAUAUUGAUCCUAUGAACUUCGAUAUACAUGUAAUUUAAUUUGUCGAA